AUGGCAACGAGAAACCGCACCGUACUGUACAAGAAGCACCGAGAUGCAGUGAAGAGCGUGCGUGCUCCUUUGUCAUCGUCACUGCCCGGUUCUAGCGGUCCGGUUAUGGAAAUGGUCAGCGCUUCGUUUCUUCGGUCCAAACAUUCCUCUUACACUCCUCUUAGCACCGACGAUCCAGGUCCUUCGACUUCCAGUAGUGAUGCUUUUACGAUUGGUCUGCCGCCUGCCUGGGUGGAUGAUUCUGAGGAAAUAUCUGUGAAUAUUCAAAGAAUUCGAACCAAAAUGGGCGAGUUAGUUAAGGCGCAUGCAAAAGCUUUAAUGCCAUCGUUUGGAGAUGGAAAAGAGGAUCAACGAAUGAUUGAAGGUCUUACUCGAGAGAUUACGGAUUUAUUGAGAAAUUCCGAGACAAGAUUAAAGAAAAUUUCUGCAAGUGAGUCUUUUGAGGACUCGACUGUUAGAAAAAAUGUACAGCGGUCACUUGCAACUGAACUUCAGAACUUGUCGACGGAUCUCCGUAGAAAACAGUCCGCGUAUCUAAAACGUCUGCAGCAGCAAAAAGAGGGACAUGAUGGGGUUGAUUUGGAGAUGAACCUAAACGCGAACAAGUUUAGAUUGGAAGAUGAUGAAUUUAGUGAUGUGGGUUUUAAUGAGGGUCAGAUGAUUAAGCUAAAGAAGAGUGAGCAAUUCACUGCUGACCAGGAAAGAGAGAUCAAACAGGUCAUGGAAUCAGUGCACGAGGUUGCUCAAAUCAUGAAAGACUUGUCACUCCUGGUGAUAGAUCAGGGCACAAUUGUUGAUCGAAUAGACUAUAAUAUUCAGAAUGUUGCUUCAACGGUAGAGGAGGGGUUUAAACAGCUGCAGAAGGCAGAGAGAACUCAGAAGAAAGGAGGAAUGUUGUACAUAGCUGUCACAGUUGAUGAACAUCCAACUGACUGGGAACUGGGAAGUCUUUGGAGAUGUGGAAAAGCUGUCUUCGAAGAAAACAGCAGGGAGGGUACUAUGUUUUUUUCUAAUGGAUUUCCAGCUGGUUUGAGGGUUCUUCUUGUGGAUGAUGAUACGACUUGUCUCUCAGUAUUGGAGAAGAUGCUCCAAACUUGUCGGUACAAAGUUACCAAAUGUGAACGAGGAACCGAGGCUUUGUCAAUGCUUCGUGAGGAUAAGAACAGGUUUGACAUUAUUGUAAUUGAUUUGAACAUGCCCGAAAUGGAUGGAAUUCAGCUCCUCAAGAUCAUCCGAUCAGAAAUGGAUUUGCCUGUCGUCACAGAUGAUGAACGAGAACUUGUUUUGAAGGGUGUUCUUCAGGGUGCUUGUGAUUAUUUGAUCAAACCUGUUAAGAUGGAAGCUCUUAAAGUCUUGUGGCAGCAUGUGGUUCGCAAGAAAAUUAGUAACACUUCAGAACGACUGGAACAGCCAGGAAGAAAGGAAGAAGAUAAACUGCAUUUGGAGAAUUUUUGUACUGUUGAUUGUGCGGUUUCCGGAGAUGCAGUGCAUACUAUGACCUUGAAAAGAAAAAUAGAUUGUGAAGAUGAAGGCAAAACAUCAGAUGAUUUGACCAAGGGAAAGAAACGGAUGGUUUGGACAAGUGAACUCCACGAAAAGUUUGUUAGAGCAGUGGAUCAUCUUGGCCCUGGAAAGGCUGUUCCUAAUAAAAUUUUGGAAUGCAUGCAAAGAAUGAAUGUUUCUGGUCUUACUCGAGAAAAUAUCGCCAGCCACCUUCAGAAGUACAGAUUUUAUCUUCGAAAACAAGCUGACGCUCCACAUCACGAGCUUGAACAUCAUUAUGCAGCUUCAAGUGUUCCUGGAACUUCAAUUUUCAAGCAAUCCCCUUCAUCAGGUGGCUGUAACCUCCAACCCCGUGCCACUUCAUGCCAAUUUCCAGCGCAGAAUCUCACCACUCCACCCUCCAGUGGACCUCUGAUGCUUAACUCUAGCAGCUCCAUGCUUUCCUAUGAUGAUCAAAGGAACCUUCCUAACUACAGAAUGCCAGAAUCAAGUUAUUAUUCAUUAACAAGAUCCUCUUCACUUGAUUUUCUUCUCAAUUGCACAUCUCUAGUAGAUGCAUCCUGCCAAAAUGAAUAUUCUAUCGGCCAUCCAUUGCUUAUUGAAGAUUAUAGGACCCAAAGAAAUUUUGAUCAGCAUUCUCAAAGCCUUCCAGAUUGUAAUUUUUAUGAGAUCAAGGCUGACACUAAGCCUCAGAUGACCUAUGAUUCUUUAUUUUGUCUCCAACACUUGGAUCAAAGUGAGAUCUUGCACGAACCAUUCUUGGAGGAGAGAUCCUAUUCCUCUGUGAUCAGCAAUGUUUCUCGCGUGACGCUUCCUUCUUCACGGACAGCCAAGAAUAGAUACCAUCAUAUUCACAUUUGA